AUGGCACGUGUAAAGGGUUACAGCAAUGAGCCUCUCAACUUCAAGGAGCUCGCCGCCCAGCUAGUCCAUUCAACAGCCACGCAGCGCAAAGAAGCUCUUGACAGUUUGUUGGAGUUUUUCAAGACGGCAGAGAAAGGGGGGCCUCAGAGUCAGAAAGUUAGUCCCUUUGAUGACAAGUCGUACCACUCCAUCUACGAAGCCCUCUUCCGAUGCACAGUCUUGGAAAAGGCAAGCUACUUCACUUCCAAGAAAUCAGCCAGAGCCAGUGCUACUGCCAAUGCCAGACUCGAAAAGUGCGCCGAGGUCCUCAAGCUGGCUGUCCGCCAUGGAGCUUCACGGAUCAAGCGCAAAACAGCCAGAGCCAUCAUCGACCACAUCACACAGGUGCUCCAGGGACCCGAUGAUACCUACAUCACACCUCUGCUCAAAGAUUAUGCCAAGGCUUUGUGCACAUUCCUCCAGAACUCAGCCAAUGUCGAAAAUCUCUCCGCCUUUUCAGGUGAGAGCUGGGAUACUUGUGUCGACUUUUGUGUCGAAGCUCUCUCUCGCUAUCUCGAGGUAGGUGGAAAUGAUAGCGGCUCCCGCACCUCCCCGGCGCCAACUCUGAGAGCAUCAUCCGUCGGGCUUUCAUCCCAGGGCGGAAACCAGAUUGGUAGUCAGGUCGCUCUAGACUUUUUGUCAUGCUUGAAUUAUCUGGUGGCUGCACCAAAUGCACCGGUACUACGACGGGCAGGGGAAAUAUCCCGAAUCAUUCUUCAGAUUCUGCAACUUCGCCAGAUGAAAAUAGGGGAGCUGCACAAAGUGGCCUUUUCUGCCCUCAACAGAAUCUUUACUCGCACCCAGACCGACGACAUUGCUCUUUCAAAGAGGCUUGUCAUGACUCUGACCCCUUUGCUCUCUCAUUGGUGGCAGCCGCGAGCCUUAUCCCGGGACGCAAUGCUGAAUAGUAUUCGCGAUGAGAUGCUCAAGACCAUCUAUGCUUCUCAUCUUUAUCUGGAGAGCAUACUUCGGGAGUCGACAGACCAGUCUUUUCUUCAAGAUGUGGAAGAACUUAUGGAUGCUCUUUGGUCGGACUACUCGAGGAGAGAAGAACGCGCAAGGCUCCAGCUUGAUGAUAUCACUUUUACUGGAAUGCUCCUCCCAUCCGAUCAUCCAACCACUGGCGUCUUCAGCCUUCGUCCGUACAAUACAGGAGGCGAGCAAAAUUGGGCGCUUUUGGAGAAUCUCGCCACCCUAGAGGCCAUCUACGCCCGCAGCUCAAACAAGCCAUUUUCGCAGCAAGAGCCCGAGAAUGACCAGCCUCGCAAGAGGCGUCGAAUGGUUAACACGCCAAACAGGCUCCAUCAGAAACUCAAUUCUCAGGAUCCUGCAGUGCAGCUGACAGCAUUACAACUCGUGCCUUUUCUGAGCCGCCAGAAGCUGCUUACUAUCGAAGAAGCCACAGAGGCCAUCACAGACUUGUCGAAAUAUGUCACGGCGAAGCAAGGUGUCGUGGCAUCGUGGGCGAUGAUCGCAUGCUCCAGCCUCACCUCCCAUGAAGUUUGUCGAGAUGCCUCCCUGUCUCACACCUGGAAGCAGUUGUGGCAGCUUGGUGUGCGGUCUGUCAGCCUGGCACCAACCACACGUGCUGCCUCGAUCUUCUUGGACUCCGUGAUCAAAGCGUCCCUGAUCCCAAGACAUGAGUGGGCCGGUGAUGUGAACCACAUGAUCAUAACCGCCGAUAUCAGCGGCCCUGCGAUCCUGGUUGACUCUUCUCUCAAGUUGAUGCUGAGCCUCCUGCGUCUACGCAAUACCAUGUCACCCAAUGCCAGCCAAGCUACGACCAGCCAUGUCAUCCGAUGGGUUUUUGUCAAGUGGAAUCCAGCUGAACUGACCUAUGCCUCACUUCAUUCGGUACACACGGCUCCAUUUGAUCUGGCCAACCUCCUGAGAGGCUGCUUCGGGAUGCCGGCUUUGAAGAUGGGGGCUCCUCUCCGGCUCUUUGGGGGAGCGAUUGUACAGUUCUGGAAGAAGCAAAGUCAAGCCUAUCCGCUGAUGCGGUAUCUGCUGCUUCUUGAGGACGAAACAACAUCAGCAACGACACUCAUGGCUGAACCCGAGGAUGUUAUCCUGCCAGAGGAACAGCAAGAACAGACGGUCGACCCAACUGGGUCGCACACCGCGAAGCGCCUUACCCUCGAGCUACUGUAUCCUAAACUGGAAGAACUUCACCAGAUCACCGAGUCGUGGCAGAAGCGCGGGUCGGAUGGUGUUGCGCCAGUUGCGAUAUCUGCGGAUCGGUUGCAGAGCAUGAUGCUUGCUUGUCUUGUUGGCGCCACCCUCCUUCCAGAACUAGUCAAUCUCAACUCUUCCAUGUCCAAAGAUUUGGAGUCGACACUUUUUGAGGUCAUUGACGGCGCCUUCCGAGUCAUUCUCGCGGCUCCUCAAAUCGAUGAGUUCUUUGAGUUGGUGUUGACGACGGUGGUCCCGUUUAUCCCGCCCUUUGUGGAAAGCCAGGUGGCAGCGCUCAGGAAGGAACAGUCUCACUUGUUGAAGCUGUACUCGAAGCUGUCGAUUGCUCUUCAGGAAAAGGCUCAAAAGGAGGCUUUUGGACGGAGCAUGGAUGCUAUGGACAUUGACGACGAGUUUGAGUCCCAGACGAGCCAGAGUUCGGCUGUGUCAAAGGGGAAAACGUUGGCGAGGAGGGAUAGUCUUUUGUGUUGGACCCCUGAGGCGUUUUAUCUCGAGACGACGCUGAGGGUGCAUUACCUGGAGAUUAUCAGGCAGGAUGAGGGGGAACUGGGGCAUGUACCAGAAGCGAUGAUGGAGCAACUGCUGAGUUUGGAAAAGGAGCAGCUGUUGACUUGUCGGGUGUUUAUGAAGGAGUUGUUUUCUUGUGGGUGGAUGGCGAGGUUGAAGACUGUGGUGAGGGUGUUUGAGACGGUUGGGGGAAUUAUUUCGGAGGAUGAGUUUUCGUGCUGUGAGGUGGCGCUUUGCACGUGCAUUGAUGUGAUGGAUGGGUUUAUUUACUUUUGGACGGAUCAGAAGUUGGAGGAGGCGAUUGGGCGGAUGGUGGGGGAUCUUUAUCAUUACCUUGUCAAGAGCUCGCUGCCGAACAACUCGAUGAGUCCGGUUGUGCAGGGGGUGUUUAGUGGGCUGCUUUUUCAUAUACUGGAGGUGAGGUCGGGGUAUGCGGGGGAUCUGGGGUUGCCGAGCGCGAGGAGCACGUUGUUGGGGGUGUGUCAGGAGGGGGGGAUGGAGGUAAAGUAUGAGAUUGGGAAGGGGUUGCCGGGGGUGUUUGGGUUGUAUGUGCUUAAGACGCACGAUGACAUUUUCCUGGAUGUGCUGGACAGCUUGCCUACCGAUCCGUCGAUGGAAGAGGGGAUCGCGUAUAGGUUGUUUGUGUUGGCGGAAUUGGCGUGUAGGUGGCCGACGCUGUUGAGGAGGUGUAUUUAUCACAUCUUUGAGACGCCGGGGAAGAUUGUGAGGAGUGUGAGGUAUGCGGGGUGGUGUUUGAGGAGGAUAUCGAAGGAGUUGAAGUUGAGCGGGCCGGAGGAGCUGUUUCGGCUGUUUGCGCCGCAGCUGCUUUAUACGUGGUUGGAUGAGAACUCGCUUGAGGAUAUCCCGUUUGAGAUCUUUGGGUUCAAGAGCCUGCAGGAUUUGCUGGCGGAGGGGCAGACGGAGGCGACGGCGAUUAUGAUUAUGAGGGGGCAGGAGACUGAGGCGUUGGAGUUGGCCAAGAUGCUGGGGUUGACGCUGCAGGAGCUGGUCAAAAGGAACUUUACAAAGAUCAUUGCGUAUUGCAUCGCGCACGAUGUCAGUGUGCAGAGGGGGGAAGGGCAGAUCACGGGGGAGAAGAGGCUGAUCAAGAUUCUUAUUAAGGAAGGGUUUCUGGAGCAGAUUCACCUCAAUUUUGCCGACAUUAUUGCAACGUGUUUUGAGACCUUCGACCAGGAGGAUCCGAUCGAGAAGGCGUUUAGACGGAAUGAAGGGCUUGGGUAUGCGGCGGAUAUUAUUGAGAUGAUCAAGGAGUAUGGCCAUUUGCCUACGAAGCUUCCGCCGAAUCAGCAACCGUGCUUUAGGGCGAAGUAUCUCCCCAUUGAGAUGCUUCACCUUUUGAGCAGAACGCCGUAUGAGUUGGAUCAGAUUUGGACGCCAGCGUUGGUGGUGUUUAUUGCUCGGAAGCUCCUCAACACCAUUCACCCGGCCCUUGGUCCUCUUCACGCCUGCUCGGUUCUGCGCAAGAUCAGAGUGUUGAUCUGCCUUGCUGGUCCUACAGCACUUACCGCCUACCCGUUGGAGAUGCUCCUGCACUCCAUCCGGGCCUUCGUCGUCGACCCCGAGUGCGCAGACGAUGCGCUGGGCAUCACGCAGUACCUCAUCAUCAAAGGCUCUGACCACCUCAGCAAAACCCCAUCCUUCUUCGCGGGCUAUGCGCUCUCGUCCCUGGCCGACCUGAGGGUAUUUUUGGAAUCCUCCCAGUCGAGCACAACUCAGGAGUCCCAGUUCCGAGCCACAAAGUCGAAAGCCCAGGUGUUUCAUGAUUGGUUUGGGAAGUAUCUCAAGGGGUAUGAGAGCAAGAUUCUAAAGGAGAACCCCGAGCAUCUCAAAGCUUUCAGGGCGAUCACUCAGUCGGCGGCGGAGAUCAGAGUCAUGGGCAACGCAGAGAGGGGAACGAAUGAGAGUAACUUGCUCAUGGAGAUCCUGAAAGAUUGGGACAGGGCUGAGAGCGAGGGUGAUGAGUUGCUAAAUGAACCUGCUCGUGGUGUUGCCUUGAGGAUGCUGUGUGGGCAGUUUGGGCCUGCGCCGAAGGAGAGGGGGUUGGAUGUUAUUGGGGAGGAUGAGGAGGCUGUCAAGUAUAAGGGGGUGGUUUGGAAGAGUUGUAUGGAGGAGGGAGGGAUGGGGUUGAGUGGCGAGUACUUGGCCUGGGCGGGGAGGGUGAUUGGGCGUGGGUUUGCCGCUAGUGGGGAAGUUCCUGGGGGGCUGUUGAAGGAGAGCAGACUGGAGGAGUACAAGACGUUGAGUUGUAAAGCGGGUGGGAAAGAACUAGGGAGUUCAGAGGAGGGGUUGCUGAAUCUGAUGGAGCAGUUGACUGUCAGCGGGGAUUGUUUGACUGCUGGGCUGGCGGAGGCAGCGCUGAGGACUGUGUUCAGUGACGCGGCUGCUGAUAACUUCCAGGAGCUUGUGGCAGCUUGCCAGCGGAGUUUGAGUGAAGCUCUGGCGGAUAGUUUGGAUUGGGAGCCGUUCCGGACGCCGCAGUCGGAUCUGGUCAAGGUGGAGAAGGUAAGGGAGCAAGAGGUGUUUAGUGGGGCGAAGUUGGGAGAGGCGGACUGGGCGAGAAAGUUGACGACGUUGUUGGCGCAGGCGGUGCCGGAUGAUGUUACGCUGAGAGUGCUGCCCCCGAUAUUGACCAAAGUCAAGGGGUUUGCGGAGCAGGCUUUUCCGUUUGUGGUGCACUUGGUGCUGAGCUAUCAGCUGGAUAAACAGCAGGGUGUGAAGAGGCAGCUUUCGGAGGUGAUGAAGGAAUGGUUGAAGAACGAGGAGGGGGGGGCGAGGGAGAAUGUGAAGUUGUUGCUCAACACGAUUCUGUACUUGAGGACGCAGCCACUUGCCGGGGAGGCUUCCAUUGCAGAUCGGGGGCAUUGGUUGGAGGUUAAUCUGACGAGUGCGGCUGCUGCUGCGACGAGGUGUGGAAUGUUCAAGGUUGCGUUGCUGUUUGCGGAACUGGCUUCGAGCGAGGAGUCGAGGGCGUCGAGGAGGUCAUCGGCGAUUAGGGAGGUGGAGGAUUCGAGCGAAAUUUUGUUGGAUAUCUUUGAGAAUAUUGAUGAUCCGGAUGCGUACUACGGGCUGGCACAGGAUGCUUCGCUGAGUACGGUGUUGGCCAGGUUGGAGUAUGAGAAUGACGGUGGGAAGAGUCUUGCUUUCAGGGGGGCGCAGUAUGACAGUCAUUUGAGGAGUCGAGAUGCUGCCUCGAAACAGGAUGGGCAGGCGCUUAUCAAGGCGUUGAGUAGUUUGGGUCUGGCCGGGUUGUCGAACUCGUUGUUGCAGACGCAGCAGAGUCUGGAUGAGUCUUCUAACUCGCUGGAUAGCACUUUUACGACGGCGAGGAGGCUGGAAAUCUGGAAUUUGCCGGCACCGGCGACAAAUGAUAAUUGGGCGGUGACGGUGUAUAGAGCGUAUCAGAGUAUGCACCAGGCUUCGGAUAUUGAGGCUGUCAGGGGUGUUGUUCAUGAUGGGCUUCGGGGGACCAUCAAGCACUUGACCAGCAAGAGUCUCAAUACGACGAGCAUGAGGCACCAGCUGGGUGUGCUGGCUGCUUUGGCGGAACUAGAUGAUGUUCUCAGUAUCACUGACCCGGCUGAGAUGAAGAGGGGACUUCAGAUGUUUGAGACGAGGUCGAAGUGGAUGAUGAGCGGACGGUAUGAGGACGUCAGUCAGAUCCUGUCUUGUCGGGAGACGACAUUGAGUAUGUGGAGCCAGCAUCACAAACUGAGAGCGGCAACUAUCCCACCAGCAGAUGCCCGGUUUGCUCAGAUUAAAGGACUGCUGCUGUCAUCUGAUAUCUUCCGUUUCCACCGACAGCACCAAGAGACGUUGAAUUUGUCAACCACACUCACCGAUCUGAUCCAGCCAAGCGAGGCUAUGGGGCUCAAUGUGGAUGCAGCUAUUCGGAUGGAGGCGGCGAAUUCACUGUGGGAUCAGGGGGAGAUGAUUUCUUCCAUUAGGAUGCUGCAAGCUAUUGACAAGGACUCGUCGUUGAAGAAGCAGACGAUUCCUGUCAGUCGAUCGGAUUUGUUGGCCAAGAUUGGGUUCCAGGUCUCGGUUGCUAGACUGGAGAGCCCGGAUAGCACACAGAAGAAGUAUCUUGAGCCGGCGCUGAAGGAGCUCAGGGGCAAGAAUGAAGGCAAGGAGGCUGGACAGGUGUUUCACCAGUUUGCCAUGUUUUGUGAUGAGCAGCUCCAGAACCCGGAUAGUUUGGAGGAUUUGGCACGGCUGCAGAACCUCAAAAAGGGCAAGAGUGAUGAGGUUGAGCAGCUGAAGCAGUUGAUUUCAAGCUCGAGGGACUCGCAGACGAAGAGCAGGUACUCGAGUCACUUGGCGAAGGCUCGGCAGUGGCUCGAUUUGGAUCAGCAGGAGUUGAGAAGGGUUGAGCAGUCGAGGACUGAGUUUGUGAAGCUCAGUUUGGAGAACUAUCUGCUAUCUUUGGCCGCUUCGGAUGAGCAUAACAACGAUGCGCUGCGGUUUACGGCUCUUUGGCUGGAGAGGUCGGAGGAGGAUGCUACCAAUGAGGCGGUCAAGAGGUACAUUGGCAAGGUCCCGACUCGAAAGUUUGCGCCGUUGAUGAACCAGCUUUCGUCUCGGGUACAGGAUCAGAAGACUCUCUUCCAGAAUGUGCUUAUUGAUCUCAUUUAUCGGAUCUGUGUUGAUCAUCCCUAUCACGGGAUGUAUCAGAUCUGGUCUGGGGCGAGGACAAAGGUCAAUAAGGACGACGAUGUUGCGGUUUCCCGGCAAAAGGCGACGGAUAGAGUUGCUAAGGCACUUACCAGGGCCGAGGCGGUGUCUGCCAUCUGGCCGGCGAUUGACCAGACAAGCAGGGUGUACCAUAUGCUCGCCAUGGAUCGGGACACGAACAGGUUCAAGCAAGGUUCCAAAAUUGCCAUCAAGGACUCUCAGCAUGGGCCCAGCUUCCUCACGACGUUGUCAAAGUAUAAGAUUCCGCCGCCGACCAUGCAGAUGGAGCUGUCGCCUACGUGUGAUUACAGCCAUAUCCCGAUGAUUGUCAAGUUUGAUCCUUAUAUGGCUAUUGCUUCUGGUGUGAGCGCGCCAAAGAUUCUGACGGCGAUUGGGUCGGAUGGGAGACGGUACAAACAAUUGGUCAAGGGGGGUAAUGAUGACUUGCGUCAGGAUGCUAUCAUGGAGCAGGUUUUUGCUGCCGUGUCGGAGUUACUUAAACUUCAUCGUACCACCCGCCAACGAAACCUGGGCAUCAGGACGUACAAGGUUUUGCCGCUGACGUCCAGUUCGGGGUUGAUUGAGUUUGUCUCGAAUACUAUACCUCUGCAUGAGUAUCUCAUGCCCGCUCACGAGAAGUACCACCCCAAGGACCUCAAGGGGUCGCAAUGCAGGAAGGAGAUCUCGACGGCGCAGACAAAAACUACUGAGCACAGGAUUGCGGUUUACCGCAGGGUCACGGAGAAGUUCCACCCGGUGAUGAGGUACUUUUUUAUCGAGUAUUUCCCCGACCCUGACGAGUGGUUCCACAAGCGCACCGCCUAUACGAGAACCACGGCGGCGAUUUCCAUGCUGGGCCAUGUGCUGGGGUUGGGUGACAGACAUGGGCACAACAUCCUCCUCGACACUAAGACUGGCGAGGUAGUCCACAUUGAUCUGGGCGUGGCGUUUGAAAUGGGAAGAGUCCUGCCAGUCCCGGAACUGGUGCCGUUUAGGUUGACGAGGGACAUUGUCGACGGGAUGGGAAUUACCAAGACCGAGGGUGUGUUUAGGAGGUGCUGCGAGUUUACGCUUGAUGCGCUGAGGGAGGAGGCGGGGAGUAUACAGACUGUUUUGGACUCGCUGAGGUUCGACACGUUGUAUCAGUGGAGCAUUAGCCCGGUGAGGAUGGCCAAGCUGCAGCAGAAUGCGAGGGAGGAGGAGGAUGGGGAGAAUGAGGAGAACGAGGAGGCGGGGGGGGAGAAGAAGGGGGUCAAGGGGAACGUGAACGAGCCCAGCGAGGCGGAUAGGGCGAUUGAGGUUGUCAAGAAGAAGCUGAGCAAGACGUUGAGCGUGAUGGCGACGGUGAAUGAUUUGAUUGAGAAGGCGGGGAGUGUGGGGAAUUUGGCGGUUUUGUAUUCGGGGUGGGCUGCUUAUGCUUGA